AUGAGUUUCGCAACCUUGAUCUUCUCAUCUUCUGUUUGGUUUGUGAUAGCUAUCGGAGUACUUCUCAAUGCAUUUAUUGUGACACAAGUCUUCAUUUGGUGGUUGAAGCUUCAAACUCUUCAAACCAUUGACAUUAUCAUGGCCAGCCUGGGAGCGGUGAGGAUUAUUCUUCUGAUUAUGAGUCAAAAGGAUAUGGCUGUGGGAAGUGUCACUCAAUCAUUCGAGACACUAAAGAAUUCUGUAUAUCAUAAUGCUGCAAUUAUAUUUUUGUCAUUCUGCAGCCUGUGGUUGUGCACCGUGCUCUGCGUCUUCUACUUUGUGAAGAUCACAAACUACAGCAACAGAUUAUUCAUGAGACUUAAGAUGAACAUCUCCAGGAUGGUCCCCUGGCUGCUCCUGACGUCACUGCUGGUGUCUUUUCUCUCCAGUCUGCCCAGCAUAUGGUGCAUAUACGGACGCUACAUAAAUUCUACCCAAGACAGUAACAGCUCCAGUUUUGGAGAUGUAACUAUAGAAGCAAAUUAUAAAAAUUUAUUGAUCAUCUAUUUCACGGGAUCUCUGUUACCGUUCCUCAUAUUCUGUGCAUCAGUUUGUCUUCUGAUCAUGUCACUCCUGAAACACACCCGGAAUAUGAGCAGCAAAGAUUCAGGAUUCACUAAAAUCCAACUAGAAGCCCACAUAAGUGCCAUUAGAAACAUAGUCUAUUUUCUGUUCUUUUAUGCUCUGUAUAUUAUAAGUUCAUGCUUGAUGAUUCUAAGCUUCCAGACAGGAAAUUUAUUUUAUGUCUUAAUUUGUCGUAUGUUUGCAUCUGUCUACCCAACACUGCACUCUGCUAUAUUAAUAGCCAGCAAUGCAAACCUGAAGCACUCUCUCCUCGUUGCUCUACGCUGUGCAAGAGCCAGUAACCCAAAUGACCAAAUGCCAUAA